GUUGCUUUCUGUUACCUUCACACCCUCACUUCACCAUAUCUACACAUAUUACGAUCAUAUAAUGACCCUUCCGACGGAACUGCCGGGUCGCGAUGCCCUCACUAAACGAGAGAUUCCAAGCAUGGUAUUUAGCGAUGGCAGCGAGUCGUCCAUGACCCCACCACCCACUUCAAGCCUUGGCAACAACCCCGCCAUAGACGCGCAAAAGAGAUUUGCAGUUCACGGAAACGCGGUUGUGACUGGUGGUGCAGGGACUUUGGGACUGCAGUCAUGUAAUGCGCUGCUCGAACACGGACUAAACGGUCUCAUGAUUCUGGACAGGGACCCGUUGAUUUCCGAGAAGGAGAUUAACGAGUUACGGACGAGAUUUCCCAAGGCCAACAUAGCUACGCUGAAAGUCGACGUUACUGACGAGGUAGCUGUUGACUCCGCCUUCGAGGAGACAACAAGGGUUCUGGGAUCAGUUGACACUUUGCUCUGUUUCGUCGGUGUUGUCGGAUGUGUGGAGUCGUUGGAGAUGCCGAUCUCCCAGUGGCGAAAGAUCAUAGAUAUUAACACCACUGGCUCGUUUAUUUCCGCGCAAGCUGCUGCUCGGCGUAUGGUCGCGCAGGGAACUGGAGGCUCCAUCACCUUCAUUGCAUCUAUCUCGGCACAUCGCGUGAACUUCCCGCAACCUCAGGCGGCAUACAACGUCAGCAAAGCGGCGCUUUUGAUGUUGAAAAGCUGUCUCGCUGCGGAAUGGGCUCGAUAUGGUAUCCGGACGAACAGUAUCAGCCCGGGGUAUAUGGACACCAUUCUCAAUGAGGGCGAAGGGAUUGCCGAGCAUCGAAGAAUCUGGGCCCAGCGUAACCCUAGUGGAAGGAUGGGUAGUCCAUCUGAACUCACAGGUGCCAUAGUGCUCCUGGCGAGCAGCGCAAACACAUAUAUCAAUGGUGCAGACAUAGUUGUUGACGGCGGACAGAUUUUAUCCUGAAGUGGAGUUUCAGCAAUGCCGGAGAAAGGGUUUGCAUGGCCUAAGACAGUGCUUCUACCAUAGCGAAAACACAUUAGUACAGUACUGCUACUUUCCCCAGCCCUUACAAUGCGUGUUUUAGAACCGGUGGAAAAUGGAAAUUGUCUUGGAAUAGAUAGAACUUUGUAAAAGAGUAUUUAUGCGGGGAUGACCAUCGGUCCAUUUGAUUGGUCUAUUGUCUCGUUUCUCGGUCUCGACUUUCCGGAGCUUUCUUUCAUUUAAUCGAGAUCAGCCUCAAUUUAUCGUCCAACAUUGAUAAUGCCAAAAGCGCCGAGAGAGACCAAAUUUGGGGGGUAGCUUGGCAGGGAGCUUCUUUCAACGGCCUGACUAACAAUACUUAGGGCCCGGAAUGUCA